CAAAACCAUCUGAAAACCCGUCAUCUGAUCAUUUUCUUCCGUCUUCUCUCUCGAAACCAUCUGAAAAUCCAUCAUCUGUUCAUUUCUCCUCCUCGAAUUUCGACGCGUCUCGCCAAAUCCGAGCCGUCUAAAACUGCAUUUCCACGCCUUUAAGCUAACUAGUUAAAGCCGGACGGUUUUCGGGAGCGUUUCGGACGCUGCUGCUGCUUGCUACAGUAGAACGAUCGGUUUUUCCGGGAGGAAUUUUUCUUUCAGGGGAGAUUCGCACCGUAGACGUGUACGAUGACGAUCAUUUCCAUGCCUGGGAGCUCGGGGAUGUUGGAUUCGAGAUCGAUUAGAGAGGUGUCGUAUUUCAGCAAUUGGUACGUGAUCGGACUGACGCUGACUGCUGGUAUCGGUGGGUUGCUGUUUGGAUACGAUACAGGUGUUAUAUCUGGGGCACUUUUGUACAUUCGAGAUGAUUUUCAGGUCGUUAAUGACAGCGAAUUUCUACAGGAAACAAUUGUUAGCAUGGCAUUGCUAGGUGCAAUUUUUGGAGCUGCCUCAGGGGGUUGGACUAAUGAUGUGUAUGGGCGUAAGAAAACUACCCUUCUUGCUGAUGUAGUUUUUGCUGUUGGAUCAAUUGUCAUGUGUGCUGCACCAAAUCCUUACGUUCUUAUAUUUGGAAGAUUCCUGGUGGGCCUGGGUGUUGGUGUUGCAUCUAUGACUGCUCCCAUGUAUAUUGCUGAAGCAUCCCCGUCUGAGAUAAGGGGAGGACUAGUAGCUACAAAUGUGCUUAUGAUUACUGGCGGGCAGUUUCUUUCCUACCUUGUAAAUCUUGGCUUCACUGAGGUCCCUGGGACAUGGCGAUGGAUGCUUGGAAUGGCUGCUUUGCCAGCCAUUAUACAGUUCUUCCUUAUGCUGUUUUUGCCUGAAUCACCACGCUGGUUAUACCUCAAGAAAGAUAAAUCUGAAGCUAUUAAAGUACUUGAAAAAAUCUACGGCCCCGUUCGUUUGGAGGAAGAGCUAGAUCAGCUCUCUGUUGCUUCCGAGGAAGAGGCUCGUUCAAAUAACAUCAGAUUCUUGGAUGUUUUCAGGACGAAGGAAAUCAGGAUUGCCUUUUUGGCUGGAGCUGGCCUUCAGGCAUUUCAGCAACUCACAGGAAUCAACACUGUCAUGUACUACAGUCCCACAAUUGUGCAGAUGGCUGGAUUUCAUUCCAACAAGCUAGCAAUACUCCUGUCUUUGAUCGUCGCUGCACUAAAUGCUGCAGGAACGGUGGUUGGAAUAUACCUAAUCGACCGUUUCGGGAGACGCCAUUUGGCCCUCACUAGCUUAUCAGGCGUCAUAAUAGCCCUCUGCAUCCUUUCAGGAGCAUUCUAUGCACAGUCAUUGCCUGGACUCUGUGACUCUUACAUCCUUCAUAACAGUUGCAAAAUUGGUUUCGGUUGGCUUGCAGUUGCCGGCUUGGCUCUAUACAUUACAUUCUUCUCUCCGGGCAUGGGCUGUGUGCCAUGGGCCGUGAACUCGGAGAUCUAUCCGGAGGCAUAUCGUGGGCUGUGUGGCGGAAUGUCGGCUACCGUGAACUGGAUCUCGAAUCUGAUCAUGUCCCUGACAUUCCUAUCGGUCGCAACAGCUGUGGGGACUGGCACAACAUUCUUGAUACUUGCUGGCCUCGCAGUGGCAGGAUUUGCUUUCGUGGCCAUCUUUGUGCCGGAGACCAAGGGGAUGAGCUUUGAGCAGGUGGAGAGGCUGUGGAAGGAGAGAGCAUGGGGUAAAGGGAGCGACACGCAAGGCUUUCUUGAGGAAGGGAACGAGUCCUAAUCAUUUUGCUACAUUGGAAGGUGAGUGCACUGUAUGCUGUAGUUGCAUGAAUCUCCUACUCUGGGAACCAUUUCCUUGGCAUCGAAACUUUUCAAUUCCCUUGAUUCCUUUCAUGUUUUGGGUCCUAAAAUAUAGCUUAUUUUCUGCUUUCUUUGCUGCUCCUAGCCGUCCUUCCUAUUCAUAAUGGUAGAGGCCAUCUAUAUUACACAUCAAAGUAAGUCCUAGUUGAUGAUGUUAUGUACAUGUGUGUGUGUGAUGUAGGAAACUGAGUGCUGUUUCAGAUGUAAGUCCCAUUGUAGACUAUGACUGCUGCCACCAUAGUGCCGUGUUUUUGGUGCAAAGAUGGGGCAGCUUGUAGUGUAAUGCAUUUGUAACUGAUGAGAAAGAUGCACUAUUUUCA